UCCAGCAGGAAAGGAGAGAAGCAGGUGAGCCCUGCAGCUCUGGACCACCUCCUGCCCUCCUCCUACCUGUGAGGUGUCCCUUGCUGGUCCAACCCAACAGCAUUGUCCUCUGGGAGGUUCCCAGCCCUGCCUGCAUCCCGGGAAGGAGCUGCACCGCUGACGGCCACCCCACACCAGGGACAGAGAGAGCAAGGCUUUUCCCAGGCAUCAGGAAUGUCUUCUGAGCCCUCUUCAUCCGCCUCCCAGCAGUCCCCUGCCUCUCCACCCUCUCCCGGUUCUCUCCAUCUGCCCGAGAGCCGCAGGGCGAGGGACCGCUCCCCGUCGCCCAUGAGGUACCUCAUCCCCAGCCCGCUGCCCACCCGACGGACCAGGACGUUUUCUGCAACCGUGAGGGCAUCGGAGGGUCCCAUCUACAAAGGUGUCUGUAAGUGCUUCUGUCGCUCCAAAGGCCAUGGUUUCAUCACCCCUGCAGAUGGAGGGCCAGACAUCUUCGUACACAUCUCGGACAUCGAGGGCGAGUACGUUCCUGUGGCGGGCGACGAGGUCACCUACAAGAUGUGCACCAUCCCCCCGAAGAACGAGAAGCUGCAGGCAGUGGAGGUGGUGAUCACCCACCUCGCCCCUGGCACCAAGCACGAGACCUGGUCGGGGCACGUCGUCAGCCCCUGAGGGGUGUCCCAGGGUUUGACCCGUGUGGUCACUGCUCAACAGCUGCCUGCAGGGGACCUGUCCUGAGAAUAUCCCACGUGUUGUUGCAGGAGGAAACACUGCAGUUGUCGAUAAAGCAAGAAGCAGGCCAGGAUUACCGUUUUUAUAGCUGGCCUGAUUUAAAAAAAGAAAAAAAAAGAAAAAAAAAAGGCAAUUCAAAUGCUAAUGAAAAAAAAAAAUCUAGCGUAAUGUGUUUACAAAAAAUGUAUUUAAAGAGACCUAGUUCGUGUGCUUGGUGGAGGAGGGGAGGUUUGGUUUUUUUCUUUUAUCUUGUGAACUGAUUCCAGGAAAUGCCCAGGGGGGAGUGGGGAGAGGUUUAAGGAGAGCUCUUCUAGUGCAGAUGGCCAUAACUCUGAGACCCUGGCAUUGUGUGAGCCCUCUGCUCCCUUGGGCUGCUCUUCUGUAGGGUUACAGUACAUUUAUUGCUGAUAACAGUGCCUGAAUGCCUUGCCUUGAGAGAGAGAGGUGUUCAUUGCUGCAAUUUGUUGUCCUCGUGGAAGGAAGUUCACAAACAGCAGCAGCCACGAGGUGGAAAUUCUCCAUCUAGUGGUUACUCUCCAGUGCACCAUUUGCACGUGGUGUGGCUGCACCGGUGUGGAAACUGUAUUGUGGUUGUAAAGUCAGGAUUGUUUGUGAAUUUACUUAGGUGCCUUGGUGGUUGAUUAGCAACAAAUUUUAUAGGCCAGUAUUAAAAAAAAAAACAAACAAACAAAAAGUUCCAACCCAAAUUAAAAAAAUUUGCUUCAAGGUAAGAGGUAGAAAGCUGUAGAAUAGUGGAUACUGCAUAGCCUCUGACUGUGUCUGAAUUUAGACAAGGCUGAAGAUGACCUUCUGGGUGGCAGACAGUUGCCUCUCUGCCAUGGUGUGCCACCAGGCAGGCAGGAUAACUGCCCUUCCCAACAGCAGCAGGCUGUGCUGCUCAGAUGACCCUGUGUAAAAUAUUGUGUGAGUUACUUAACAGGCUCAGCUGUCUUGGUGAAGUACAUUCUGCAUCUGUUUCCCAGGAAAACUUGCUUGGUAAGAUGUGAUAGAGUCACUCUUCCCUUCAUGUAGUUGUAGUGCAACUAACUUAGUUUUGUUCCUAUUUGCCUUCCAUAUAUUUUUGUUUUUCAAAUGCAGCAUUUUUCUCUAUUAUGUUCCUAACAGUGGAUUUUUAUUGACUUUGCAAAUAAUAAUAAUAAUAAUAAUAAAAAAAAAUUAAAAAAAAAAAAAAGAUGGCACAGCUCUUGUUAGUUGUGUGAAACAGUGUAACUCCAGUUGCCUAUUUGCAGUUUUCCCAGCAGGUGCUUGCUGUCAGGACAUGUCCCAGGACUCAGGGCACAGGAUCUGUUCUGAGGUGUGGAGGUCAGUAACUGCUGUGCUGGCUCGUUUUACCUGAGCUGUACCAGUAUCACACUGUGGUGUAUGGUGACAACCAGUCUGUAGUGGGGUUUGGAGUUUGGCUUUGUUUUUUAUGACCCAUAAGACUCGGUAGUAGUGGAUUUAUCACUGUCCAGCUUGUUGGAGUAUCACACACUGCUUUCUUUACAAUAAAUGCGACCAUUAUAAUGCUUUAA